AUGGACGCUUUACAAUCUGUUGCACAGCAAACGAAUCUCGCCACCUUAUUGAACCUGCAUCUGGGCUUAUCCCUGUUUGGUGCUCUCUCCACUUGUCCUGUGUACAAUCUCCCAGUGUUCUUCUUUGGCGUUUGGGCUUACAAUUACCACGACUCCAACGUUCCUCUCAAAACAUUCACAAGUGUCCUGGCGUUGACUAUUGUCCUUGAUGUAAUUUGGUUUAUUUUGCAUGGCAGUCCACUACAAGCCAAAGAUAUCGAGAUCCCUCAUGAAAGUGGCUUCACAUUUUGCAUGGUCAUGAACAUUAUCAGCUUGAUCGGAAAGCCAAUCACUGUAUUCACAAGCAUCAACACUAUCCAAAGCCGUGGCGACACAUUCACCGUGGGUGGUAAUUGGUCGGAGGCUCCUGGUGCUUUCCCUGGUGCAUAUCAAACCGUUCGGGAUGGAAACGAGGAAGGCGGCUACCAUUGA